CUGCCCACAACAGUUUCCUGUUGUCUGUGAGAAUCAAAUUUAAUCAGACACUUCAAACAUGCAAAGAAGCAGAACCACAUUUCUCAAAUUGUACCUUUCAGCAUGGUUUCCUGAAAAAUUGGAACAAGAAUCUGCAUAAAAAGUAAGAGAUACAAUAGUCAAUUUUAGUUCAAAGCCUAAAUGAUGGAAUUUUUAACUGAACAGUUAUAAUCCAAAGAACAGGAAUCUCAUUGUCUCUCCACCUAUGAAAGCCAUGAAAAAUACAUAAACUUCUGUGCUUUUCCUUCCCAGUUGAGCCAGCCAGUAUUAAUAAUGAAUUUUACUAAUUGCAGUAUUUAUGACAAACUAGAUAAAAGUUUGUUUCCGUGUCUCUAUGGUAUUCUGAUGAUUAUCAGCAUUCCUGCUAAUCUACUAUCACUUUACAUUUCCUGCUGUCAAAUCCAGAAAAAAAGUGAGCUGGGCAUCUAUCUCUUCUGUUUAUCGUUAGCUGACCUAUUAUAUACUAUGACACUACCAUUAUGGAUUUAUUAUGCUCAGAAUGGGGAUGACUGGAAAUUCUCCCUACAGCUUUGCAAAUUAUCUGCUUUUCUCCGAUAUGUAAAUUAUUACACCAGCUCAGGAUUUCUUACCUGCAUCUCCAUGGAUAGGUACUUAGCCAUAGUUCAUCCUUUGAGGUUCCACUCUUUGCGAACAAGAAGAUUUGCCCUGCUGAUGUCCUUUUUAGUUUGGGUUUUUGAAAUAAUGUCAAACGUUCAGAUUUUAUUUAACACUGAAUUCUAUUAUAAAGUUGCAAAUGAAAGCACUCAUACUUUAUGCUAUGACACAUAUCCUCUACAACAAUGGCAAGCUUACUUCAACUAUUACCGCAUCUGUGUGGGGUAUGCAUUCCCAUUAGCUGUCAUGAUCUUCUGCUACGUCAAAAUAUAUCAGGCUGUGAAGCACAAUCAAGCAACUCAAGGCUGUGACAAGAAGAAAAUCAAUCAUUUGUUACUAAGCAUCAUCAUAACCUUUUUUCUUUGCUUUACUCCAUAUCAUAUUGUCCUGCUUCUGCGCAGUAUCUUGGAGUCGCCUGACUGCUCUUAUGUUAAUUAUCUGUUUGUACCUUAUAGAAUUACAACAGCCUUGACAAGCUUAAAUUGUAUAGCCGACCCAAUUCUUUACUGUUUUGUGAAUGAAACUGGAAGAGCAGAUAUCUGGAACAUAUUCAAAUGUGGUUUUUUCGUCAGCCAGACAGAAGCACAGCAAUCCAGUGUUUCACAAAACAGAACCAAAAGGUUUCAGAAUCUGCAGCAUUCAUAUAAUCUAAGAGUAAGUAGCUUGCAUCUUCCAAGUAUUGCUGAACUACACUGGGAGAUAUAAUUCAUCAACCUAUGGAGUGUUGAGGGGUUUCUGUUUUCAAUAUAUCUUUAAUGCUUCAUUCUGGCAAAAUAAAAUGCAAGGAAAGUUUUAUUUGUCCUGGCAUCAACCAAGAGCCAGAUCCAUCUUCAAAUCACAAACAGGAACUACUUAUGAGGAUUUGCAGUUUUUCUAUUUCUCUCUCAGGAAGACGGAAUCUGAAUCAGAAGAAAGCCCCAUUCUAUCACUCUUUGCUGCUUUCAUUAAAAACCGUUGCAUAAAUUGUAAACUGAAGCUAUAUGUUUGGGAUGGACUUACGGUUUGUGUUUACUAUGCUAUGAAACUAAAGUAUUUGGCUCUUAAAAAUGCUUAUAUAUUGUGCUAUAUCAUUGUAUAAAAAAUUAUGAAAUUAAAUUGAAAGAUAUUACUAUUCAACUAUUUUGAGGCAUAAUCGGCUUUUCCAAUUAGGGGACCUCCAGACAUUCUGGACUUCAAUUUUGUGUAUGCUUUGAAAUUAAACUCUCUUCAUUUCAAUAUUUGAAUAUUCUUUAAAAGAAUGCUUUGUCAGGUAUGUAAAUUUCAAUAUGUAAAAUGGCAAUAAGCCAUACAUCCCUCUCUUAAGACAUGCUAGUAAUUUCACUGAAGGAUCAGUUCCUAAAUUCUAGCUUUUUGAAAAGCCUUUAUAUAUACAUUGCAGAAAAACAAUGCUGUACCUAAGGAGACUAAUUCUAUAAUGCUAUCAUGAGAGUUAUUUGGAGAAGGGAUACACUAAUCAUUGUAUUUUGAGAUCUACAUGCAAGAUCAACAGACAGCUGGGGGGGCAGCUCAUAAAAAUUGGGAGGGGAUAAUUGGAUUGCAAAAAACUUCCUUUCUCAAUGCAUUCUCUAACUUAAUUUAGAUCGUCAAGAGACUAUAAUUGACAUAUUAAAAAGGCAUCAAGCCUGCAAUGCAGUACUGGGGUUAAGAGCUGUUAUCACUGGUUAUGUGUUUAGCCCAUUGCUGAUUUCUUGAACAAGCCUCUUCCUUAUCCCUGUUACAGCCUGUUCACCUGGAUUCACUAAGCAUUUCAGUGGGCACACUAGCCUCCAUUGCCUUAUUUUGUAGGAGUCAACUUGGCAAAUAAAGGACAUUGGCAAUAACAAGGAGAAGUCAAUAAUCUACUUGUGACUGUAAAAGAAUUCCUAAAAUAAAUUCUCCUGGGAGAAUUUGGCGGUUUCCUCCCAGAGGGACCCAUGGCAGGAUGAAUUGGAGCCACAAGAUUUGGUUACUAAGUGUUUCUGCUUUUCUCAAAAUAAAACUGGGAACUUCCAAUUCUUUGACCCUUUAAAAAAGCCCAGCAUAUUUACAAGAGACUAAAUUUACAAGAGACUUUUCAGAUUAAAUAUAUGACAACAUGCCACAUGGUCAUUCUAGUAAGCAUCAGAGAAAGCUGAGCAUCUCUCUGCAAAAAGUUGCAUCCUGCACUUUUUAAUAAUUAAUUUUCAUAUAUUUAAAUUGAAAUGAAAUUGGAAGAAAUCACUCAACUGUCCAUUUCCAUUUGCUCCUAAGCAAUCUGUCAAUAUCUGAGGGAAAAAAUAUGGAAUCUGAAAAUUGCCAAAUUGGGCAGUAGAAAAACCUCUCUGUCUCUGUCUCUUUCUCUCUCAUCUAUGUAUUUUCUGUCUGUCUGUCUGUCUGUCUGCCUCUCUGUAUAUCUCACUUUUCUGCAUGGGGAGGAAACUGUUAAGUUAAGGUGUUAUCAAAUUAUAGAGAUAUACAAUAAAUGGUGUUGG